CAACACCACGGAAACGCUUCAUCUUCAUCGGUCAGGAGACUGGCCCUGGAAUUAUGGAUAAGCCAUCGACACCGGGACAUGUUGAUGAAGCAAGAGCAUCCCGUUCCUCUGAGCAGGGAGUGUUGUCAGGAGGGUUGCAGGACGAUUCCGCCCGUCAGCAGAGCGGAGAGAAUCGACCUAUGGACGGCGUAACUGGGCUGCUCGAAAGGGUAGUGGGGCCCACUCUAAUGGAGCUUUUAGCAAAAGCAUUUGGCGCAACUAGUACUAGUGCUGUUCCGAGUCGGCAGUCCAGACCUUCGUCAGAGAAAGAGUAUCUAUUUGUUGAGCAACCAUCAGAAAACUUCUUCUGUCCAGUGACAUUUAGUCUACUGCUCCGGCCCCAACUCACAUCAUGUUGUGGCAAACAUCUCUCUCAGGAAGCUGCUCUCAUGAUGAAAAAAGGAGGAACAUGUCCACUGUGUAAUGCUCCUCUUUUGUCCACAAAGCUGGACGUAAACUUCCAGCAUCAAGUGAACUCCCUACCCGUGUUUUGUUCUAAGAGAAAUAAAGGGUGUAACUGGAAGGGAAAAUUGGAGGAAUUGGAUCUUCAUGCCUUACUUUGUUCUAAAGGAUCUGUGGCUGGGAUGGUAAUGUCUGAAGUGUCCAAAGAUCUCCCCCAGGAGAGGGUUAACUCCAUGGAAUUAAUGCUCCCAGUUCAUAGUGGUGACAUAGAAAAAGUGAGGUUAUUGCUCUCAAAAGGUGCAGACCCAAAUAUUUUGUUAUCAUUGUUUAAAACUACACCUCUGAUGGAUGCAAGUAGAGAAGGAAAUGUUGAGAUGAUAUGUUUGCUACUGGACAAUGGAGCGGAUCCAAACCUUACAAAUAGUGAAGGUCGGACUCCUUUAAUGGCAGCAGCGAAGUACGGUCACACAGUAAGUGUGGAUAUCUUGCUACAGAGAGGUGCCAAUCCUGAUUUGCAAAAUCAAAGUGGACGGACUGCACUAAUGGAAGCAGUUCGUGAACAUCAUUUUGAAGUUGCUCUCAAGAUCCUUAGAGUUACAAAAAUGCCAUACAUCCAGGACAAGUACGGACAAAAUGCUCUUCAAAUGGCCAUUUCAAAAAGACAAGAUGGGGUUGCUAAAGCUUUACUUGUCGACUGUGCAGUUUACAGUCAUCAGCUUGAUAUGAGGGACAAUGACGGGGAAACUGCACUCAUAAUUGCCUGUAAAAACAGGAAUUUCGAAAUUGUUAGACGCCUGCUAUCUAUGCAGGCUAAUCCCAAUGUUGGAAAUAAGUAUGGAGAAACUCCUGCUGAAAUUGCAAACAGAUUAUGUGAGAAAGAGAUUUUACAAAUUCUCUUGGAGAAUGGUGCAAACAUGGUAUCAACCCCUCCUGGAGUUGAUAUGGAAACAACAGUAAGGUAUGUUCAAGAUUACUAGAUAGCUAUGUGGUUUAAAUACAUUUUUCUUGCGUUUCUCACAUCAUUACAGAAUGUGUGGCAGUGCCCAUACAUCACAAAUUUUCUCUUUUAGACAACUAGGGCUCACUUUUCCUGCCAAUUAACCCUUAGUGAGGGUUACCAUGAGGGAGGGUUACUGUGCUUGUUUGUGUCUAUGUCUUACCACGUUUUUGAUGCUUAACCCUUUGGGCACGUUUUACAUAUAUAU